UUAGUCAUGGAUUUUGAAAAUUAUUACGAAAUUUCCCUCGUCGCGGACUUCAUUAACGCCCAUAACUUCUCCAGAGUCGCCUUACAGUUUCCAGAUGAGCUCCUGAAAGAUUCAAGGAAAGUCGUGAGUGCUCUCCGGCAAGAGCUCCACCGUCUUCUUAAGAAUUCCGACGAGUCACGUGCAACCGCUAAGUUGUACGUGAUGGCCAACACCACCUACGGCGGCUGCUGCGUGGACGAGGUCGGAGCUGCUCAUGUGAAAGCUGAUUGCGUUAUUCAUUACGGCCACAGUUGCCUCAGCCCGACAACCACAAUUCCAGCUUUUUGUGUUUUCGGCAAGGCUCCUCUUAAGGCAUCUAAUUGUGCUGAAAGUUUAUACAAUUAUGGCGUAAAAAGUGGCAAGCCUGUUCUGGUUCUUUUUGGGUUAGAAUAUGCUCAUGGAAUGCCGGAUAUAAAAGAGGCACUAAAUGUUGAAGCAACGAGGUUUCAUGACUCCAACUCAGGAUUUCAGAUACAUUUUGCUAAUGUUACGAAUUCAGUUAUAACUCCAUCCACAUCUAUGAAAUUGGAAAAUCGACAUUUAAUGUUGAAUGGCGAGCAGGAUAACAAUGAAGAUUCUUCUCAGAAGGCUGAUACAAAAUUUAGACUAGGUGGUUUGGGUUGGAGUUUACCUGAGGGACACAGGAUGGAGGAUUAUUUGCUGUUCUGGAUUGGUUUAGACAACUCGGCUUUCACAAACUUCAUAUUAACAUUUAAUAGUUGUGAAAUAGUCAGAUAUGAUGCAAUUGAAGGUUGCUUGAAGACUGAUGUAUCUCAGCAGGCAAAAAUUCUUAAGCGCAGGUAUUAUCUAGUUGAAAAAGCGAAGGAUGCAAACAUGGUUGGGAUCUUGGUUGGAACUCUUGGAGUUGCUGGUUAUCUAGAUAUGAUUCAUCAAAUGACAGAACUCGUGACUAGAGCUGGGAAAAAGGCAUAUACCUUUCUUAUGGGAAAGCCAAAUCCUGCAAAAUUAGCUAAUUUUCCUGAGUGUGAUGUUUUCAUCUAUGUAUCCUGCGCUCAAACGGCUCUUUUGGAUAGCAAGGAGUUUUUAGCUCCUAUAAUCACUCCUUUUGAAGCUUUGAUAGCUUUCAACAGGGGCAGUCAGUGGACCGGAGCUUACUCAAUGGAAUUUCAGGAUGUGGUUGCUUCCCAGCCUGCAGAAGUAGAAGAUGAGGCAGGAUCACGUUUUUCUUUCUUUCAGGGUGGAUAUGUUGAAGAUUUUAAAUUGCAAGAGGGGAAGGAGGAAAAGGAUGCAGUUCUCUCCCUGGUAAAUGUCACAGAGAAGGCUUUGCUGCUCCAAAACAAGGACUCUGAGCUGUUGUCAAGAAGAGAUGCUAAAUCUGGAGCUGAGUUUUUUGCAGCUCGAUCAUAUCAAGGUCUUGAAAUCCAUAGCAGUGACUCUUUUCCAGAGCUGUUUUUAAUCGGUAGAGCAGGGAAGACAUCUGGAUAUGAGGAUGAACAAAGCAAAUGA